CGCCAAUAUGUGGAGAACCUUGUAAGGAACAUGCAGCUCAGCUUCAGCCAAUAUGAUUAAGAGAAUAGAAAAUUUAGCCAUACCAAUAGAUCUCAAAUCUAUUCUAAUCCAACCUUGGAUCUUACGUACCCCCUGUGGAAAUGGAAAAAAUCUCCUCAUAGGGGAGAGGAGGAUCCUACAACUUUCUGUUGUUAUAAAUAUGGGUCAUACUACGGAGGCAACCCGAGUCUAAGACGAUGAUCGUGUAAGCCUUCGCUAUCAAGGGAUCGACAAUGAGGUUGAAUAGGGUACUAGGCGGCAUCGCCGCCAGUUUACUAGUGAGUGGAGUACCGGCAGCCAAAAUACCGAGUCGACAGGAUAGUCCUUCUUCGGUGACCGCCAUUCCUACAGAGAUACCCGCUCCCGCUCCUACAGACUCGCCUACACUAGCUCCCUCGGUUCCCCCUGUAUCCUCAGAGAUGCCAAUCUCUCCUGUGCCUACCGAAGACCCUCAGCCCCCCGAGCCCACCAAAGAGCCAGAGCCACCGCAGACUACGGAAACACCAGCGCCGCCAGAGCCUAGCAAGACACCUCAACCACCAGAAACCAGCGAAGACCCUGAGCCCCCGGCCUCUUCAACUACGCCAACACCUCCGGCUCCGGUUGAAACAUGUAGCAGCCACCUACUUGUCGAUGACUUCUCUAAGUGGGAUGAGGGGAUUAACUCCCUAGAGGGGGCCACGAGCGAUGAUCAGACUAUGACAGCUCUCACUACCGAAGGCGGUCUACUUACGUUUACACCGGGGGCUAUAGAGACAAGCUAUAUAUACGAACAGUUUAAUUGCUUGGACUCGGUCUCGCUUGGAUACGAUUCCUUGUCGUUCAACAUCAAGGGGCCCGAGGCCGCCUCUGUCUCUAUCGAAUUGCAAACUGCAAGCGACUGCUCUGCUACGGAGUACCAAAGCUACUACUAUACAGUUGAUGGACUUAGUGGAUCUCUACAGACCAUUAACAUCCCACUUAAUAGCUGGCCUGACGCUAACCCGAAGGCCAUUGUGGGCAUCCUAUGGUACGGGUUCUCGGCCGGUUUGACGGGCUCUGACACCGAGUGGAAAUUGGACAAUGUGCAAUUCCUUUGCGCGGAUGUCGCUCCCCCGGAAGAUCCACCUACCCCCGAACCUACCGCGGAGCCUACUACUACGGAGCCUACUCCGGAACCCACGCCAGAGCCUACCGACCCUGCCGAACCUACUACCGAGCCUACCGGCCCGAUUACUGUCACUACCACGGUCUAUGUAACACCAACCACAACAACCACAGGACACUGGGGUCCCCCAACUACUACCACGAAAAGUCCGACUCCCACGGAGGAUCCACCCUGGUGGGAUGACCCCUGGGGCGACGACCCUUGGGAUAGAUGGCCAGUUAAUAGUGGUAAUGCUAGAUCGAUUCAAGUCACUGCCACUACCAUCACCAACACGCCGGCGACGAAAAUUCCCGUAGCAGACCGUCGAAUCCAGGCUCGACAAGAUGGAUCAGACUGCAGCCCCCUACUCAUUGACGACUUCAUCUCUCAGUCCCGCUUAACAUUUCUGUAUUACAACGCCUUGCUCAAGUCGUCCAGCGACGAUGGUACCAUGAAGUCUAUCGUAGUCAAGAACAACAGGGCAACAUUGACUCCUACAAACACAGACUCGUACUUCUACUCCCAAUUAGGCUGCAUCGACGCCAAAGCAUACGGAGGCAUUUCUCUCCGCAUCUCCGCACCAGCUGACUCAACAUUCGACAUCCAGCUGUCAUCGACUAAGGGGCAGUGCGGCACCGAGCAGACGACAGAUGUCCUUCUAACAACAAAACAACUUGGCUGGACAUUCAACGGAAAGGAACAGCUCUAUUCCAUCCCGUUCAAGAAGUUCGAAGGUGUAGAUUGGUCCAAGUUCGAGACGGUAUACAUCGCCAACCUGAAGAAACCUAUCACGCUCGGGCCGAUGGGCAUGUACUGUGGGGAGACUGUUGUCGAGUACACUCCGCCCGCGGUGGUCGAGCCAUCUGGUCCGACUGAAACUGUGGCGGCGCCACCGAGCGAGGCUACCAACCUAGUAAUCGACCAAUUCGCCAACAGCGAGACAAAUGCCCUGAAGCAAUGGCACGGAGCUGACGAGGGCAUGACGGUGACGUUCAAGAAGAACAAGAUGACGAUCCAGACCAACGAUUCCGACCUGAUGUGGGUUACGCAGGUCGCGGAGACCUGCAAGGACCUGUCCGAGUUUGACGGGUCGUACCUCCACGUCGCCUACACGGGCAGCAACCUGUUCACCAUCUCCAUGCAGCAGCACAACGCCGAGUGCAAUAACGACAUAUACCCGUACCCGGAGACCUGGGACUCGCUCGAGGCCUCUCGAUACGCCACCGAGUCCGACAUCUACAUCCCGCUGGGCCACUUCAACGUGAACCGGUCGCGGACGAUCGGGUUCGCGUUCAAGGGCUUCUACACGACCGAGGCGACGGUGUUCUCCAAGAUCGAGAUCGUCAGCAAGAUCCCCAACGACGUCGAGAUCCCCGAGAAGCUGCCCUCGGGCACCUUUGUCUUCUCGUGCAAGCGGCCCAACUCCUUCGCCUUCGCCAUCGACGACGGCGACCCCGUCUUCGCCGAGCAGGUGAUGAAGACGAUCGACGACGCGGGCAUCACGGUGACUUUCUUCACCGUCGGCGCGCCGCUGCGCGACCCCACCACCAACCUCAGCGCCAUCUACAACGCCAUGGCCGCCAAGGGCCACCAGAUCGCGCUGCACAGUUACACGCACCCGCCGCUCGAGGGGCUCCCCGACGAGGCGUCGAUCGACUGGGAGUACAGCAACGACCUCGCCGCCGUAGCGGAGACGUUCAACGGUCUGCAGCCAAAGUACUUCCGCCCGCCGUUCGGGACCGAGGGGGCGCGGAUGCGGCAGCGGCUGGCGGCGCUGGUCGAGGAGCCGUACAUCGUGCAGUGGAGCGUGGACGUGGAGGACUGGCUGUGGGCGGAGUCGGAGACGCCGGAGAAGCAGCUGGAGGCGUUCAAGCGCGACGUCGCGGCCGGCGGCGACAUCGUCGUCAUGCACUACCUCUACAACAGCACCGUCAGCUACCUCGAGGAGUUCAUCCAGAUCGCCAAGGACACGGGCAAGCAGUUGAUGAGGGUGGACCAGUGCAUGAUGGAUCCGAAUGCGCCGCCGUUGCCGGGCGAGGAAGCGUGAGAACGGGGGUGUGGAGGAAUGCAUAGGUAGGUACAAGCAACAAGCAUUGGGUAGCCUGCCUACCUAGGUACCUACCUAAGGUACAUAGGUGAUUAGUAUUACUGUUCUCUAGUAAAAAGUGUCCAUAUUUUAUGUAAAUGCGUUUAUGUUAUGUAUAUCCAAUGGCUUUGCUACCAUUGGAGGGUCUGCAUAUACUGAUUUUACG